AUGGCAGACAAACUACGCACCCUCCAAAACCUCGAAGCACUUCAAACUCGCUACGUCGGUACUGGGCACGCCGACACUACCAAAUACGAGUGGACCUCCAACAUCGUCCGCGACAGCUACGCUUCAUACAUUGGUCAUCCGCCUCUUCUAGGAUAUAUGGCGAUUGGAAUGGGCGAGUCCAAGGAGAAAGUGCGCACGAUGAUGAUCGAGAAGAUGAUUAGGGGGGCAGGGAAUCCGCCAGAGGUACAAGAUUAG